AGUGACAGCAAGAGGGAAAUUAACUCUAUAUGGAGUACAAACACAAAAGUCUGGUUCAGCAGCAGCUGAGCAAGAAAAAGCAAAGCCACCAAAAUUUUUAAUUUUCCUUAAACAGAAAGACUGAUAGCAGCAAACACGAGUUGUGAGCAAGAGGAGCCGAAGGGGACACCUGCUGCUAGCUACAGCAUCGCGCCAUCCACCGUGAGGACGAGUAACGUUACUGCCCCCCGACACUUUCAGACUUCUACAGCCUGAAACACUUUACUGCUGCAGAGCAACUGAGUUAUGCGAUAUUAAACUCUACUGAAAUGACAUAACCUCGACAUUUCCCACGCAACUCCUGUCAGUCCGCAUCUGAAGAGUGAAAACAGCACUAGAACUAAGCAAGAUGUUGUUUGUGGACAACAACUGCAUCGCUGCAAGCUUUGGGAUGCAGUAAGCAGCUUGAAACAUUCUGAUAAACCCAUUGUACCCUACCUGCCCAGCACCAAAAAGCAGACAAAGUUAGGGACUUCAGAAGCUACUGUGUCAGAUAUUUCCCUCAGGAGUUGGUGUGGACCACAAUGGAGCUAAAAGGAAGAAACAUAAGUGCUGCUACUGGGUGAUAUAAAUCUAAUUUAUUUCCACCACUGUGAACCACUGUGUGAAAGUAUGUGGGCAGAAUUCACAGCUCUGCGGUGUCGCACUGAGGUAAUCACAUGCCUGUUUGAAGAAAUGACAAAGACUUUAUAGAAAUACUCCCAGUUCAUUUUUCUGAACAAAAGGUACACUUGGGAGUUUAAUUCAUCAAGAAGCAAUGAAUGUGUUGCUGCACUUGCCCUCCCUUUUUUCUCUCCAAAUUCACCUGAAACACGAUCUGUGCAAAUAAAGCGACCAUGAGCUUUAUCAGCUCAAGCAUGACACAAGGAAGUCUGCAUGUGCGCAUGGCUGAAGGUGAAGCACACAACAGCGGGCUUUGAAACAAAAUAUGCUGGAGUUUCCCCCUGGGCGUGAAUGUCUGGAAGGGAUGAGGAGACAGUAGGAGGAAGAGUGAAGGAGGAAUGGAUGUGAAAACAGAGAUGGGACACUGAAGGCUUGGAGUUAGCGCUGAUGAGGACACUGUAAAAGGCUCAGCCAUGGCCAACUGCACUGACGUGGACCAACUGAUAAAAAGCUAUUACCUGCCUGUUUCCUACACCAUCAUCUUCAUCGUGGGCCUGGUGGGCAACGUAACCUCCAUCGUCAUAUACCUGACAAAGCUGCGACCCUUGAAAAGCAGCAGCAUCAUUAUGGUGAACUUGGCACUGACCGACCUCCUCUACGUUCUCAGCAUGCCCUUCCUGGUCUACUACUACAGCAACAUGGAUGUGUGGACACUCGGCGACUUCAUGUGCCGCUUGGUGCGCUUUGGGUUUCAUUUUAACCUGUACGGGAGCAUCCUCUUCCUGACGUGUCUCGCAGUUUUCCGCUAUGUGGUGGUGAUCAAGCCUUUGAGGGCUGCACAAGUGCAGCAGAAGUUUUGGGGAAUAAUUGCGUGCUCAGUCGUCUGGGUUGUUGCCGCGGCUGAAAUUACACCCAUGUUGACAAUGAUAUCCUUGGGGCCGCAUGACAAUAAUACCUCCUGCCUGGACUUUGCAAGCACCGUGCCCGUUGACAACAUUCGGGUGUAUGGCUGGCUGCUCACUGCACUCGGAUUUCUACUCCCUCUAGCGGUGGUAUUCAUGUGUUACAUUGGAAUAGUGAAGGAGUUGGCGAAAGGGCCCUACACAGCCAGUCCAUGUCGGAUGCGAGCGCGGCGUGUGACCGUGCUAAUCCUCGUAGUGUUUGUGGUGUGUUUCCUGCCAUAUCACAUAUUGCGUGUGUUGCGGAUAGAAACUCGAAAGUACCAACCGACACCAUGCAUGGUUGAGCACAUCGUGCAUGCAGCAUAUAUUAUCUCCAGGCCUCUGGCUGGAUUCAACACGUUUUUUAACUUGGCUCUGUACACUCUUUCAGGUGACAAGUUCAGGACAGCCUUCCUUAGCACUUUUUACUGGAAAUGCUGGGUGACGAAGGUGAGGUCGCUGCUCCAUCUGGCCGUUAUCAGCAAGGCAGGCAGGGACAUGCCUGCUGCCUGACUGACAACUGUCCAACACCUUUUUUUUUUUUUUAUCUCUCAGGGCUCCUAGAUGAAAACAUUUAGGAGAACACAAAGAAAUUCGGGAGCACACUGAAAAAAGAAGAAAGACAACAAACACAGGGUUUAUUAACAACAACAUAUGUAUACUAUGUCUUUGCCUCACACUGUAGGAAUAUUAAAUGCUUAAUCACUCAGACUCGUGUCAGGAAAGCUACAUGACAGCCAUGGUUUCUUCAUUAUAGGGUGCCUACCAGAGACGAAGUUAUACCUUUUCCACAUAUAGGCUGGAAUCACAUGAGUAUUUACCUGAUUAAAAAUGCAAUAGAUUCUUUUGUUUGCAGCCAUGAAAAUAGCAGUUGAAGGGUUCAGUCUGUACUCCUGAAACACAGAAGUUAGUUUGCAUUUCUGAGCUGUGGGUCAGAUUUCCAGAAGGUUUUUGAUUGAUGCAGAAAAUAUGUUCUGUGAUUUUCAUGAAAAGUUUUACCACAUAGCCUACUGUACAUGAAACAUGUAUCUGUCAGUAGCAGUUUCACCAAUACUCGUAAGGCACGGCAUCUCAUCAGCCUCGACUGUGCUUAGUUUGUAGUAAUAAUUUGCAAAUGUUGGCAUGCUAACACGCUAAACUAAUAUUAUAUAAGCUAUAUGAGCGUGUUUGCAUGCUGACACAAGCAUUUAGCUCAGAGCCCAGCUGUGUCUAAAGCUGUGUCUCAAUUCACAGCCUUUCAUACUUACACUUGCUACAUUAAGUGCCUAAGAGAAUUCACAAUGACAAGUACUAUGAGUACCUGGAUGGUGUAUUAUGCUGAUAAUGAUCUGCCCAGUUACAAUUUGUUAUUAAAAGAAGAAGAGGAAGAAGAAGAAGAAGAGGAAGAAGAGGCGGUCAUAUGUUCCAAUUGUCGUUUGCGUUAAGUGUGCCACAUCCGUGUUCGAUUUGACACUACCCUGCCAAAAUGUAUGCACUAAACAUUAAGUACAUAGUGUACACAGUGUACUGCAUGUUAACUGAAGUAUAUGAAGUAAGACACAGCUUAAGGACAGCUGCCUCACAGAGCUGCUAGCUUGGCUGUAGACUCUUUCCUUGCCAGAUAUCCAGCUAGUUUUCCCUGUGUGUUUUAACUGAUGCAGAAAAU